GUGAUGCGGUGACACAUGGCUGACUGUACCGCCUGCACGCUCUAACUACUGCGGCUUCCACUUUCCAUUCACCGGGAAACAGGACAGGCUGGACACUGGGAUGCUGAGAGACUGGAGGCUGCCGCAACCACCGACCGUGAUCAACCACAGACAAACAAGCCCUAAAGAGAGCGGGGACCAUAUUAUAGCCUAUUGAUCGUGUGACUGAGGAUUUUUAUCCCUGCCGAGCCGCCGUAGCGAUGGGAGAUAACAUGUCCAAGCGACUCAAGCUCAUCUCGGCUACAGAGGCAGAGAUGGAAGAGCGCUCUUUUCCAAACCCGUACCCUGACUGGGACCAAGGAGUCCUGACCUCCAACUCCGGAGCUGACGUAGAUUACAAUGAGCCCUUUGACGCAGAAGGAAAGGUGAGUGCGGCAUUCCAGAAAAAGGUCCAGAAUAAGAUCAAAGAUCUCCUCCAGCAGAUGGAAGAGGGCCUGAAGACUGCUGACCCCCAUGACUUCUCCACUUACACCGGCUGGACAGGCAUUGCUUUGCUGUAUCUCCAGCUGCACCGGGUGUCCCAUGAGGCCUCCCACCUGCAGAGGGCGCUGGACUAUGUGAAGAGGACCAUGAGAAUCCUGAAUGGUCGCAAAGUGACAUUCUUGUGUGGGGAUGCGGGGCCGCUUGCAGUGGGUGCGGUGGUCCACCACAAACUGAACAACGCAGCCGACAGCAUGGACUGCCUGUCCAGGCUCCUCCAGCUGCAGCGGUCAGUGCUGAGUCCGGACUCAGAGAUACCAGACGAGUUGCUGUAUGGCCGGGCUGGCUACCUUUAUGCUCUGCUCUACGUUAACAGAGAGAUAGGACCUGACACUGUGGAUGAGGGCACAAUCGUAAAGGUGGUGACAGCCAUCGUGGAAUCAGGAAAGAAUAUGUCCGCAGAGCAGAAGAAGACAGAUCGCUGCCCUCUGCUCUAUGAAUGGCACAAGAAGCAGUACAUUGGUGCUGCACAUGGCAUGGCUGGCAUCUAUUACAUGCUCAUGCAGCCAGGAGCAAAGGUCCAUCCAGACAUUCUAUCAGAGGUGGUUCGUCCCAGUAUUGACUACAUCCGCCACAAGAGGUUUCGUUCGGGUAACUUCCCGUCAUCGCUGAGUAACGAGAGUGACCGGCUUGUUCACUGGUGCCAUGGAGCCCCUGGCGUCAUCCAUAUGCUCAUCAUGGCUCAUAAGGUGUUUAAAGAGGAGAAGUACUUGAAGGAGGCUGCAGAAUGCGCUGAGGUGAUCUGGCACCGGGGCCUGCUUAGAAAAGGUUACGGUAUCUGCCACGGCACCGCCGGCAACGGCUACGCCUUCCUGUCCCUUUACAAACUCACCCAGGAGAAGAAAUAUCUGUACCGUGCCUGCAAGUUUGCUGAGUGGUGUUUGGCGUAUGGGACUCAUGGUUGUCGCAUCCCAGACAGACCCUACUCUCUUUUUGAAGGCAUGGCAGGGACCAUUUAUUACCUGUCAGAGAUGGCGAACCCCGAAGCUUCCGGUUUCCCCGCCUUUGAACUUUGACCUGCCAACUAAUGGGAUUGAAGAUGAUAAAGAGGGACAGGGACAAACUGUUUUGGACAGUGACUUGAGUUUUUGUUCGAACACUUGAUAAGGAUUUCUUUGUGAUACAGCUUUCAACCUUGGUCAUGAGGAUGUGGUGACAAAAUAAGACUAAAAAUGAAGAUCAGGUUGGAACUGAGCAAAGUUGGUGCAACUGAUUGUUUGUCGGAGUAAACAUAUGGUUUUGUUUAUGAAAUUCAAAACAAUCCAAGAAGAUAGAGGGAGGAUUAUUUUAGGGCAAAACUACGGGUUGAAUGUUAAAGUGAGAAUAAAAGCAGCAAGUGGACUGAAGAGGAUGAUGUUGGAUAUUUUCCUUCUUGACACUUAACAUCCUGUGGGGCCUAUUUUAGAAACACAGUCAAGGUCCCCUGUCAUCCUCCAGUGUGUUGAAGUGAAGACAUGGACACCGUGUUUCGUACAUACCCACAAAGAACACAGUCUAUGCCCUCAGCCUUUAAUGUAUUAGCACCUAGGCCUGGAAAGAGGGAGUGUGUGUGUGUGUGUGUGUGUGUGUGUGUGUGUGUGUACAUACGUGAGUGUGCAGUGAACUAAAGUUGUUUUAGUAAUUCUUUGUGUCUGCAUGCUCGCUGUAAUUGGCUCUUUGUGCCUCAUAUCUUGUCAACGUAGUACUUUCCUCUCUGUGUAUUUGUUGUGUGCUGUUUCUGUUCCAUUUGUCACAGAGCGGGUGACAGUUUCACCCUCAUCUCUCAUUUCAAGUCAAAACUAGCUUUGUGCGAGCGUUAACAUUGCCAGACUUUUGUUAAGCUAAGCAGUAUAUCAGCUGUGAAGUGAUAAUUACCUUUUAUUUUGUGUUUGUUUUAGUGUAAGGGAGUAUAGAUUGUGAUAUUACAGCUAUUGUGCAUAUUUUCUUCCAUUUUUCAGAAGAGGACAGAACAGUUAUUGAAUGGGAGGGCGUUUUCAUUGGGAACAGUACUGCUAGGUGACUGUCAAAAACUUGGUAUUUCACCUGGAUGUAUGUGGUUUUGCAGUAUGUAACAAAAAUAUUUUCAGUUUUCAAAAAAUAUUUUCAGUUUUCAGUCACAGUGAUGAUAUGAUAAAAGUAAAAAAAGAGUUUUUGUUAAAAUUAGGCAUGAGGUCUUGUAAGUUUAUUCUUAGGGGUAAAGUUUGCUAGUUUAACCAAAAAGUGAUGACACGACACAGUUUGAGCCAAUGAGGGCUCAUAUCAGGCCCACAACAGGACGUAAGGCACCUGUAUUAACACUAAUUGUUUAAGCCCUCUGUCCGAUCCAUUAUACUGUUGAGGUGUAUUUCACUAUUAUCACCGAUUCCCACUAGACAUAGUGUUUUGUUCAUGUUAAUACAGCAUCUGCUGAGUCACCUGAAACAAAACACAAAAGACAACGCACACUCACUGUUCCCUUGCAAGUAAUGCUAAGAAGGCGGGCAUAGUUAGCAUUAGCUAUCUCACUUUUGUGGAUCCAGUUGUGCUAAGAGUAACAUAUGGUGUGCUCAAGCUAAUGCUAAUGUUAAGCAGCGGCUAACAAUGUGCCCCUUAUUUUUGGAUAGCCAUUUCUAAUCAAGACAAAAACUAAGGAUAAAGUGAUUUCUCAGCAAAACAUAGUGGACAUAGUAAGACACAAGCUAAGUAGCAUAGCUAGUUAAAACAGCUAUGCUUCUCCCAGCUGAAACAGAGAAACCACCAGACAAAAAAGCAUUGUUUUGCAUUGCUGGCAUUUUUGCUGAAACCAGUCCCAAGCUACCUUGUUGACUUGCAUAGCUCUACGUAUUGGCUUUCAGUUAAUUUUAUAGUGAUUUUCUACCUUUCCCUUGCUUGGAUGUAAUGGGUUCACACAGUGGGAAUUUUAGCCUACUUCUGCUUCAAACAGCUGUGAAAUCUUUUUGGCUUGUAUCAAUGAGUUUCAAUUGUCACCUAACAUCUGAGAUUAGAGCUAGUACACUGUAAUUUAAUUAAACCUAAUGGGCCAUUGUGAGAAGUUUUCUUAUAUGAACCCCCCAGUUGAUGUUGGCUAAAACAGAAGGCCCCCAGCUGUACUAUUCAGUGUACUAUCAAGAAACAAGAUGUUGCUAAGUACUAUUUAGGGACGGGUGCCAUCUAGGUGCAGUAUCCUAUCAGAGCGAGGCCUAAAAAUGUUUUCCAAGUGUUGACUCAUCAUCAAGUCAUCAUAAUAAAGCAUAUGUUUUGUUCACAUUGUUAAAGUUGAAAGCUAAUUGAAAUUUAGCCAUUGAGACAAUUGACAAAUGCAGCUAAAAACAUUACAAUUACUGAGAUAAAGUUAGUAGCUUUAUAGGAGAAAAAGAUUGUGUCUUACAUGUAUUAAUGAUAUGCAUUUAUAUUAAUAAAAAUGAUGCCUGUUAGGAUAAACAUUUAUAAAUUUUAAGUUCUUAAAGUACACUCAGUUAAGAAAUGUACUUUAAUAGCAGACAUGAAUAGAUUCAUUAACAGUCCCACUAAUUUAUUUUUUCUUUUUUAGAUUAAUCAAGGUCUUAAAUAGAAAAUGAAAGCAACUUAUUAAUAACUGUUCAGUAUAAUGCUGUUUACAGCACUGUUCACAUCAGGCAGGUAACAUGGUUUAGUCCACUCAGAGUUAAUACAUGACUUCUUUUGCAAAACUAAAACCUGAGCUUACAUGGAAGGCAUCAUGGUCUGUGUGCUACCAGCAAAGGCGUGAAAUAUUAGCAGGUGGCAAAAGUGUGCAGUAUUAAAAUUAAUCCCGACAGCACAUGAAUGCACAUAAAUGCCUGUUUCUCUUGCAGAAUUUUCAUCAUGAAUGUUUUGGCAUGAGAAUAAUAUCACAUAUAAAACGUGUGUGUGUGUGUGUGUGCGUUCCUCUGUCAGAGUGUGCCCAGGUUCACUGCUUCCAUUGUGUUUGGCAUUAAUUUUUUAUCCUGAUCCUGGUAUUGAAGCGUGUUUGACCUUUUAUCCAUGUGUCUGUGUAUAUGAUUUUCUCAGCCUAAUAAAUGUCAAGAUAGGAAUGUGUGUGUGUUUAUUUUUUCACAUUAAACUUCUGGACUGGCUGCAGUGACAGCAGCAGUAAUGACAAGAUGUCUUCAUUGUUCUUCUUAGCCUGCGUUUUGACUAAUCUGUGCUUAUGAAGAAUUCAUGCAAGGUUUGAUAUUGUUGGAAAUAAAGAAUGAAUAGAGUGCCGGUA